GUAAAAACGGCUUGUAGCUGUCCAUUCGUGCGACAAGAGUCUCGUUAUUUCAACCUCUCUCUCCCUAAGAGUUAAGAAUGUCGUUGUCACAAACACGCACUACCACAGUUGAACUGCAGCACCGCAACCUGGAUGAUCCAAACACUGAAAGCGGACAAGAAAUCGUGUACCAGCAGCUCAAACCGGCAGAUGGCGGUUUAGACGCUUGGAAGGUCCUCAUUGCAGCUUUUCUCUUCGAAGCUCUAAUGUGGGGCUUCCCCGUAUGCUUCGGUGUCUUCCAAGAGUACUACUCUCACGUGCCCGCGUUCGCCGGGAAAAACGUUGCCAUCAUCGGGACAGUGGCCCAGGGCCUUGUCUACGUCCUCGCGCCUCUGAGCACAGCGCUCGUGAAGCGGUUCCCUAAGUUUCAGCGCCAUUUUAUAUGGGCGGGAUGGAUCGUCUGCAUUGUAGCGCUGGGAGCCGGGUCGCUGGCUACCCAGCUUGCUGGGCUGGUGGCCACGCAGGGAUUGAUGUAUGGACUGGGCUUCGUUACUCUGUAUUGGCCGAUUGUGAGCAUGGUCAACGAAUGGUGGGUUGCUAGGAAGGGAUUUGCGUUUGGGUUGAUUAUGGGUGCUGCUGGGGCUGCAGGCGCGAUACUACCGUUUGUCUUCCAAGCUCUUUUAAACAGGUAUGGCUACAAGACAACUUUACAAGCUACGGCUGUUGCUAUGGUCAUUCUCACCGGUCCAUUGAUCGCGUUUUGCAAGCCACGUCUGCCAGCAAGCGAGCAAAGCACCCUCGCCCACAUGGACUGGUCUUUCAGCAAGGACGUUUACUUCUGGACAUACACGAUAUCAACUACUAUCCAAGGGCUCGGUCUGUUCUUUCCGUCUAUAUUUCUAGCAUCCUAUGCGACCGAUAUUGGUCUCAACAACAUGAUGGGCGCGCUUCUGCUAUCCGUCCUCGCCGUUGCGCAGUUUGCGGGACAAUGUGUGUUCGGUGCGCUGUCCGACAGACAAUCCUUCUCAGUGACUGUCCUGGCGAUGAUUUGUUCCGUGAUGGCGGCUAUGGCUGCAUUUUUGCUGUGGGGAUUUGGCAAAUCCUUGGUCAUGUUGCUCUUCUUCAGCAUCGUGUUCGGCUUCUUUGGAUAUGGGUUCAGCUCAAUGAGAUCGGCCAUGGCGAGACGAAUCACCAACGAUCCCACGACCUUGAUGGCGCUGCAGUCAAUCCUCAACGGCAGUUUGGGGUGGGGGAACAUAUUGGUGGGCCCGAUCAGUGCAAAGCUCAUUCAUAAUUCCAAGAACAAGGGAGGAUAUGGGCUGAGCAAAUACGAAGAUCUCAUUUACUUCACCGGCAGUUGCAUGCUAGGUAGUGCAGUUGUUCUGCUGCUUCCGUAUUUCCGUUUAUUGCCGCGAAGAAUGUGA